AUGGCUUCAUCAGCGCGUACAAUGCAACAAUCCCCUUUUGACGAAUCCAGGAUGCGAACACCGCGAAUUGGGGAGUGCAAUUCUCCGACCUCAGGAGGUAAUCAGAGCAGACGAUAUUUAUCGCCAGGACGCCUCAAGGCAGUGGGUUUCGAGGGCCAACAGCUUACCGCAACUGCCGCAGAUGUGAAGUUGCAGGAACAGAACGAGGCAAUAUGGACUUCAAUCAUCUGGCGAAUGCUCAGCAUCAUUCUGCGCUUAUUCAUAACCGCAGACACAUUCGGGCUAUGCCACCACAGCCGUCAGCGAGAUGAAGACACCGUGGGUGAAGGUACACCGAUUGUCGCUAGCGAUUUAUGA